AUGGACCUAAUUUGGGAACCGGAAGAGGGCCAUGGAUUCUCCGACGGACUCAUCGCUCAUAUCCCUGACAUCAAUCCCGUCGUCGAUGACUGCAUCUCCUUCUUCGAUGACUUCCGUAAGCGUCAGGAGACGCCGGAUCUGCCGUGUUUUCUCUACUCCGAGUCCCUCGGCGGCGCAAUCGCGCUCUACAUCUCGCUCCGCCAGAAGGGCGUAUGGGAUGGGCUCAUCCUCAACGGCGCCAUGUGUGGAAUCAGCGCCAAAUUCAAGCCGCAGUGGCCGUUGGAGCACUUGCUCUUCGUCGUCGCCAAAGCUAUCCCUACCUGGCGCGUCAUCCCCACUCGCGGAUCUAUCCCCGAGGUUUCAUUCAAGGAGCCAUGGAAGAGGAAGCUCGCGAUGGCUAGCCCUAGGAGGACGGUGGCGAGACCGCGCGCCGCCACGGCGUACGAGCUGAUCCGUAUCUGCAACGAGCUGCAGGGGAGGUUCGAGGAGGUGGAGAUUCCGCUUCUGAUCGUGCACGGAAGCGGGGACGUCAUCUGCGACGUAGAGUGUGUCCAGGAGCUUCACCGCCGAGCAAGCAGCAAGGAUAAGACGAUCAAGAUCUACCCGGAGCUGUGGCAUCAAAUGAUCGGGGAAAAGGAGGAGGAUGUCGAUCUGGUUUACGGUGACAUGCUGACAUGGCUCAAGAGCCGAGCGGAAAGCGCCGCUGAGAGGAAAGGUUGA